AUGGCCAGUCGGCGCGACUUCCUCAGCCAACCGGCGCCCGAGAACUACAUUGCUGGCAUCGGCCGUGGCGCGACAGGCUUCACGACACGAUCCGAUCUGGGCCCGGCACGCGAGGGACCCAGCGAGGACCAGAUCAAAGAGGCCGUCGCCAAGCGUGCAGCGCAGCUCGGCAUCGGCGCCGACGGCAAAAAGGGCGACGACAAGGACGACGACAAGGGCGGCGACGACGACCGGUUCAAGGACCCCGACAACGAGGUCGGCCUCUUCGCCGGCGGGCUCUACGACAAGGACGAUGAGGAGGCCGACAGGAUAUGGCAGGAGGUCGACGAGAAGAUGGGCAAGCGGCGGCAGAAGCAGCGCGAGGCCCGCGAGCUGGCCGAGAAGGAGGAGUACGAGCGCAACAACCCGAAAAUCUCCCAGCAGUUUGCCGACCUCAAGCGCGCCCUCGGCACCGUCACCGACGAGGAGUGGGCGAGCCUGCCCGAGGUCGGCGACCUCACGGGCAAGAACAAGCGCGCGCGCGCCGCCCUGCGCCAGCGCCAGUACGCCGUCCCCGACAGCGUGCUGGCGGCGGCGCGCGACGCCUCCGAGCUCGGCACCACCGUGUCCGACGAGGGCGUCGCCCCGGGCCCCGACGGCGCCGACGGCACCAUGACCAACUUUGCCAAGAUUGGCGCCGCCCGCGACAAGGUGCUCAAGUCGCGCCUCGAGCAGGCGUCGUCCCUCGGCGGCGCCGACACGACCGCCGGCAGCGCCACGAGCAUCGACCCCAAGGGCUACAUCACGAGCCUCGACAAGAGCAUGAUGAACGGCACCCAGGCGCAGGUGGCCGACAUCAACCGCGUGCGGGAGCUCCUGACGUCCGUCACCAAGACGAACCCCAACAGCCCCGGAGGCUGGAUCGCCGGCGCGCGCCUCGAGGAGCUGGCGGGCAAGACGGUGGCCGCCCGCAACGUCAUCGCGCGGGGCUGCGAAAAGUGCCCGAAGAACGUCGACGUCUGGCUGGAGAACAUCAGGCUCAACGAUGUCCGCAACGCCAAGAUCAUUGCCGCCGAGGCCAUCAAGAAGAACGACAAGUCGGUGCUCUUGUGGGUCGAGGCCAUGCGGUUGGAGAACGAGCCACGGGCCAAGAAGAGGGUCAUCCGACUGGCGCUGGAUCACAUUCCCGACUCGGAAGCGCUGUGGAAGGAGGCCGUCAAUCUCGAAGAGGACCAGACGGACGCUCGCCUGCUGCUGGCCAAGGCGACCGAGAUCAUCCCCCUGUCGGUCGACCUCUGGCUGGCGCUGGCGCGGCUGGAAACGCCCGAAAACGCACAAAAGGUGCUGAACAAGGCGAGAAAGGCGGUGCCGACAUCGUUCGAAAUCUGGAUCGCCGCUGCCAGGUUACAGGAGCAGCUGGGGGCCAGCGUCAACGUGAUGAAGCGAGCUGUCAACGUCUUGGUCAAGGAGGCGGCCAUGCCGAAACGCGAGGAAUGGAUCGCCGAGGCCGAGAAGUGCGAGGAGGAGGGCGCCGUCGCCACGUGCGGCGAUAUCAUCAAGGAGACGCUCGGCUGGGGGCUCGACGAGGACGACGAUCGAAAAGACACGUGGAUGGACGAUGCCAGGGGGAGCAUCAACCGCGGCAUGUACGAAACGGCACGGGCCAUCUACUCCUACGCCCUCCGCGUCUUCGUCAACAGCAGGACGCUGUGGAUGGCGGCGGCCGACCUCGAGAGGAAUCACGGCAACAAGGAGUCGCUGUGCCAGGUCCUCGAGAAGGCCGUCGACGCCUGCCCCAAGAGCGAGGUCCUGUGGAUGAUGCUGGCCAAGGAAAAGUGGCAGGCCGGCGAGGUCGACAACGCGCGGCGCGUGCUCGCCCGGGCCUUCAACCAGAACCCCGACAACGAGGACAUCUGGCUGGCUGCCGUCAAGCUCGAGGCCGAGAACGACCAGCCGGAGCGGGCGCGCAAGCUGCUGGACGACGCGCGGGACAAGGCGCCCACCGACCGCGUCUGGAUGAAGAGCGUCGUGUUCGAGCGCGUGCUCGGCAACACGGACGCCGCCCUGGACCUCGUCCAGCAGGCGCUGCAGUACUUCCCCGCGGCCGCCAAGCUCUGGAUGCUCAAGGGCCAGAUCUACGAGGACCUCGACAAGCUCGGCCAGGCGCGCGAGGCGUACAGCACGGGCGUCAAGGCCGUGCCCGCGUCGGUGCCGCUCUGGCUCCUGUACGCGCGGCUCGAGGAGCGCGCCGGCCUCGUGGUCAAGGCGCGCUCCGUGCUGGACCGCGCGCGCCUCGCCGUGCCCAGGUCGCCGGCGCUCUGGUGCGAGUCGGUGCGCGUCGAGCGCCGCGCCGGCAACGUCAACCAGGCCAAGUCGCUCAUGGCCAAGGCGCUGCAGGAGGUGCCCAAGAGCGGCCUGCUGUGGAGCGAGCAGAUCUGGCACCUCGAGGCGCGCACGCAGCGCAAGCCGCGCAGCCUCGAGGCCAUCAAAAAGGUCGACAACGACCCCAUCCUCUUCGUCGCCGUGGCGCGGCUGUUCUGGGGCGAGCGCAAGCUGGAGAAGACGCAGAACUGGUUCGAGAAGGCGCUGGUGCUCGACAGCAACAACGGCGACACGUGGGCUUGGUACUACAAGUUCCUCCUCCAGCAUGGCACAGAAGAGAAACGGGGCGAGGUCAUCACCAAGUGUGUGCUCGUCGAGCCGAGACACGGCGAAUACUGGCAGGCGAUUGCGAAGCGCCCAGCCAACGCGAGAAAGGGAACGGAGGAGAUCCUCAACCUGGUGGCCAACAGUCUAGAAAGGUAA